GGCUCUUUGUUCUUUAUCUUUCAAGAUACCAUGUCCCUAAAAGUAAAAGGUAAGAAAAGGUCUACACGAAGGAAGCUUAUUGGCGAUAGUUUGCUUCUUCCAAAUGAGGAAAACAUGGAAAGUUCUCCCAUUGAUGUCCACCCCAAUACUUUAUCACCCAAGCCUAGUGACAAGAUAGUUGAAGGUAAUCCUAUAUUAGACUCACCAGCUGCUCGAACAAGAUUAGCAAUUCGUAGGCAAGCAACAACUUCUAACGUGAAUGGAUUUGAAGAACCUCAAUUGAAAACGACAACUUUGCCUAAUGAGAAGGCAGUUGCAGAUCAUGUUGUCGAUGAAGAACCUCCAUUUGAAACGAUGACUUUGCGAAAAAAGACAAGAUGACCUACAAAAAUGAAGACAAUAGCCGUUGAAAAACAAUCAAGAGUGGACAUUGUUUUCAAUGAAUAUGGACAACCCAUUGGUAAUGAAUUGGUAGGAUUGACUUCUUUUCUUGGACCACUAGUGAGGGAGGUUGUACCAGUGAAUCUUGAGAAUUGGCUAAAACUACCAACAAGAUUGAAAGUAGUGUUAUGGAAAUCUAUCCAGUCAAGGUACAAUGUGGAAGAUUGGCAAAAACAGUUUUCUUCCAAAAGAUGGGUAGAUUAUGGAGGGCUAGAAAAUCUCGUUUAGUGAAACAAAUUCGAGAUGUCCCCACAAAGGAUGCAAUUUUGAAGCUAAUGCCUGAUAAUUUACAAUCUGUAGAUGAUUGGAUGGAUUUUGUGAGUGAGAAGACUAGUGCAACCUUCAAGUUGAAAAGUGAAAAGUACAAAGCCAUGAAGAAAAAACAACUCCCACAUACAUGUAGUAGAAAAGGGUAUGCUCGUUUGGCCGAAGAGAUGAGAAAAAGUAGUUCGAAUCCAUCUUUGGUCACAAGGGUUGCAUUAUGGACUAAAGCACACAAAAGGAAGGAUGGACAACCGGUGAAUUCACAAGUUGCUGAGACACUUGAGCGUAUUGAACAAACUGAGGCUGAGACGAUAGUUUCAACAACAAACGUGGUUGAUGAUGCUUUAAGUAAAGUUCUUGGCCCCGAUCGUGGUCAUGUAAGAGGAUUUGGUUUUGGUGUGACUCGUUCAAAACUAUCUCUUUUGUCUCAACAAGACCACAAGUAUAAGGUUCUUGAAAAAGAAUAUUUGAAGAUGAAGGAAGAAAUGGUAGAAAUGAAAACAAUGAAAGAUGAAAUGAUCGAAAUGAAAGCACUUAUGUUAUCUUAUUUAAAGAAACAUACUGAACCAAGUGAGGAACUUUCAAAUGCUACUGCAAGUGUGCUCAAGCGACUAAAUAUUCCUCCAAUGCCUUCUCCAUCGAGUAUCAAUAACAACAAUCAAACUAAGUGCAAGUUAUUAGAUUGGUAUGGCUCGGGAGAGAUUGUUGCUGAAGGAAGAUGGUCUUCUAAUGAUUCAACUGCUAUGAUCCAAUCUAUUCCUAUUGGUCCACAUGCAAUUAGAGUAUGGGUUGAUGUAGCAAAGAAACCAAACGCAUAUUUGUGGAGGCCAACAUCAGAAAUGACAUGUAUUGAAGAAGCUUUGGGAAGUACAGUUGCAUGGCCAUCUGAUAAAGUGAUCAUUAGUGAAUGAAAUGGAGUCGUCUUCACCAGAGAACUAAAGAUUGUACACUUAUGACGAACUUUGCUUGUAGACUUAUGAUGAACUUUAUUUGUAUUUUGAGGGUUAAUUUGUGCGGUUC